GCUGCCAGCGGCCUCUCCGCCCGCCGCGGCGCUCCGGACCCAAGAUGGCCGCCGUGUCAGUUUGGGUCUUCGCCGCCGUCCAGCUCCUGGCUCCUGGGCUCCGCCUCUCGUAGGCCCCGGCAUACAGACUGCUUACUUGCAUGUCAAAUUGGGAAUAUAAAGGGCUGGCCUGAGAUGUGCUGAACUCUUAUCACCUGUAUGAUAUGGUUGUUUACCAGCUGUUUUGGGAAUUUAUUGGAAGACAUGAAUCAGUCCCUAGCAGGAUAUAGGCUUUUUUAAACAUGAAGUAGGAAAUACUAAUGUUGGAAAAAGGAAGAGCAACUUGGGGCAAAAAACGUGUAUGCUAUGGUUAACGGGUUCCCAUUCUCCGAUCAUCUGUUUUCCCAUUGUGUGAAACUCCUUCAGCAUAGGGAUAAGGGAUAACGACUCUAUGGAUAUACAGAAUUUUUCACCAUGGUAAAACUCGCUAACCCGUUGUACACUGAGUGGAUUUUGGAGGCAAUUAAAAAGGUCAAGAAGCAAAAACAACGCCCUUCAGAAGAGAGGAUAUGCAAUGCCGUGUCUUCGUCCCAUGGUUUGGACCGGAAAACUGUUCUGGAGCAGUUGGAACUAAGUGUUAAAGAUGGAACCAUUUUAAAAGUUUCCAAUAAAGGACUUAAUUCCUAUAAGGAUCCUGAUAACCCUGGACGAAUAGCACUUCCUAAACCACGAAACCAUGGAAAGUUGGAUGGUAAACCAAACGUGGACUGGAAUAAACUGAUUAAACGGGCAAUAGAGGGCUUGGCAGAGUCCAGUGGCUCAUCCUUGAAGAACAUUGAGCGCUUCUUGAAAGGGCAGAAGGAUGUGUCAGCUUUGUUUGCAAGUAGUGCCCCUUCUACCUUUCACCAGCAAUUGCGGUUGGCUGUCAAGCGUGCUGUUGGCCAUGGCCGACUCCUUAAAGAUGGACCUCUGUACCAGCUCAGUACUAAAGCAGCCACAAAUGCAGAGGGGAAGGAGAGCUGUGAGUCUCUUUCUUGUCUUCCUCCAGUAUCGCUCCUUCCCCAUGAAAAGGAUAAGCCAGUUGCUGAACCAAUCCCAAUCUGCAGUUUCUGCCUUGGUACAAAAGAACAAAACCGAGAAAAGAAACCUGAGGAGCUCAUCUCCUGUGCUGACUGCGGCAAUAGUGGUCAUCCAUCCUGCCUGAAGUUCUCCCCAGAGUUAACAGUUCGGGUGAAAGCCUUACGAUGGCAGUGCAUCGAGUGCAAAACAUGCAGUUCCUGUCGAGAUCAGGGCAAAAAUGCUGAUAAUAUGCUCUUUUGCGAUUCAUGCGAUCGGGGCUUUCACAUGGAAUGUUGUGACCCCCCUCUGACUAGGAUGCCAAAAGGCAUGUGGAUAUGUCAGAUAUGUCGGCCAUGUAAAAAAGGAAGAAAACUUCUAUAUAAGAAGGCAGCACAGAUUAAGCGGCGUUACGCUAACCCAAUUGGACGUCCCAAAAACCGAUUAAAGAACCAAAACACGACAUCAAAAGCUCCAUUCAGCAAAGUUCAGACGGGACCCGGUCGAGGACGGAAGCGCAAGACCCCCCUGUCCAGCCAGUCAACGUGCUCCUUAGAAGGGGGGUAUCUGGAGCAAGUCGAUGGCCUGGAAUUCUGCAGAGAUGGCAGCACCACCUUGAAAUUCAACAAGAAAACCAAAGGGCUUAUUGACGGCCUCACCAAAUUCUUCACCCCGUCCCCUGAUGGGCGUAAAGCUCGAGGAGAAGUGGUGGACUAUUCUCAGCAAUAUAGGAUCAGGAGAAAGGAUAAUAGGAAACCAAGCACUUCAGACUGGCCCACAGACAAUCAGGAUGGCUGGGAUGGAAAGCAAGAAAAUGAGGAAUGGCUUCUCGGAGGCCCAGAUGUCAUGGCUGAGAAAGAUAUGGAGUUGUUCAGAGACAUUCAGGAGCAAGCACUGCAGAAAGUGGGGGUGACAGGAGCCUCUGAUUCACAAGUACGCUGUCCAUCAGUCAUCGAGUUUGGGAAAUAUGAAAUCCACACCUGGUAUUCCUCUCCAUACCCACAAGAGUAUUCCAGGUUGCCUAAGCUCUACAUUUGUGAAUUCUGUCUCAAGUACAUGAAAAGCAGAACUAUUCUCCAGCAGCAUAUGAAGAAAUGUGGUUGGUUUCAUCCCCCAGCCAACGAGAUUUACAGAAAGAACAAUGUUUCAGUAUUUGAGGUGGAUGGCAACGUCAGUACCAUUUACUGCCAGAACUUGUGCCUAUUGGCAAAACUCUUCCUGGAUCAUAAGACACUCUACUACGAUGUGGAGCCAUUUCUGUUCUAUGUGCUGACACAAAAUGAUGUGAAGGGCUGCCACCUUGUUGGUUACUUCUCAAAGGAGAAGCACUGCCAGCAGAAGUACAACGUUUCCUGCAUAAUGAUUCUUCCCCAGUACCAGCGCAAGGGCUACGGCAGGUUCCUCAUUGAUUUCAGUUAUCUCCUCUCAAAGCGUGAAGGCCAAGCCGGGUCCCCAGAGAAGCCAUUAUCUGAUCUGGGCCGCCUCUCCUACAUGGCUUAUUGGAAGAGUGUAAUCUUGGAGUGCCUUUAUCACCAGAAUGACAAGCAGAUCAGCAUCAAGAAGCUAAGCAAACUGACGGGCAUCUGCCCUCAAGAUAUCACUUCCACCCUGCACCACCUGCGCAUGCUUGAUUUCCGUAACGAUCAAUUUGUGAUUGUUCGGCGGGAGAAGCUGAUCCAGGACCACAUGACAAAACUGAAACUGAAUCUCCGGCUUAUAGUCGUGGAUCCGGAAUGCCUGCGCUGGACGCCCGUCAUUGUCUCAAACUCUGUGGUCUCGGAGGACGAAGAAGAAGAACCUGAAGAAGGGGAUGAUGAAGAGCAGGUGCCACAGCAGCCGCCGCCAGAGAGAGAAGUAGAGGUAAUAAAAUCUGUAUCCUGGGAGAGAAAAGAGAGAGAGUCUUGCUUUCCUCUGGAGAGUGAAAAAAAGCCGGAGGUUGUCACUCCGGCCAACUCUGUCUGGCCGAACAAGCAGAGCCUUCCCCUGGCCGGUCUUUCUGCAAACAGCCAGACACCACGGAGGGGCCGAUGGGGUCGGAAGAACAAAAAGCUGCGGGAGUCCUUCACUGAGAAGGAGUCAAAACUGCUCUUAGAAGAGAAAUCAGCCCUGGCCAGAGGGGGGCGGUGUGGGGAGUGCCAGGAAAAGGCGGCGGCAGCGGCGGCGGCGGCGGCAGCAGCAGCAGCUGCCUCUCGGGGAAGAUUUGCAGAGAGUGAAGAGAAGGCCACCUCUUCCCAGGGACAGUGUGGCAAGUGCGAGGAAAAGUCCCCAGCCCCCCGGGGGCACUUCAGUAAAGAUGAGGAGAAGUCAGCCGUCUCCCAAGGGCAAUAUGGCAAGGGGGAAAAGUCCUCGGCAACCCAGAGGCGGUACAGUGAAGGCAUGGAAGUGUGGAGGGGGCAGCUGAAGAGCCCCGAACCUCUGAAAAGCAGGCUGCCUCGGAGGCACAGCGAGAAUGACCGGCCGCUGCUGAGGCACUUCAGCGAGAGCAGCGAAGAGGACGAGGAGGGGCCCGUCAGCCCCUGCUCCAAUUCCCCACCAGUCCUCACCAAACCCACCCUGAAGCGAAAGAAGCCCAUUCCCCGGAAGAAGCGGGUCCGUAAGCGUAAAUACCACAACAGCAGUGUUGUGACUGAGACCAUCUCUGAAACAACGGAGGUCCUGGUGGACGAGCCGUUCGAAGACUCUGAUUCGGAGAGGCCCAUGCCUCAGCUGGAGCCCACCUUCGAGAUGGAGGAUGAGGAGGAUGAGGAGGAAAGCGAGCUGUUCUCCAGAGGAUACCUUCGCCGCCUCUCUCCCCAGGGCUCCCUUCGUCACAGGCCCUCCUCAAAGAGAGGGUCUCAUGGUGGAGAAGACUCAGACGAUGCCGCUGGCUCUCCAACCUUGAAACCAGUCUCUGUGCUGAGAAAAAGUGAAGCAAAAGAUUCUCCACUCCAGCCAGACACUUCCACCCCCAUGAAAAAGAAGAAGGGCUGGCCCAAGGGCAAAAGCCGCAAGCCCAUCCACUGGAAGAAGAGGCCCGGCCGCAAGCCAGGCUUCAAACUGAAGAGGGGGAAGGUGCUAGCACCUGCUCCGGAAGAGGCCUCGGACCCUGCGGAAGUCUCACCGAAGCCUGGGCGCAAGUCAAAAGCGCAGGAGAAGGAAGAGCAAGUUGAGCAGAAGGAAGACCUCCUGCCUGUGGCAGAGGAAAGGAAAGAGGACGAUGGGCCGGCCGAUGUUGGGGAUCUGGGAGAAGAAGAGGAAGAUGCGCCUGCCUCCGAUGCGAGGGCAGCUUCGCCCGUAGAGAGCAGCAGCAGCCCAGCAGUGGAAGUCAAGGAAUCUGAAAUGGAGGAAGAAGUGGAGAAGCCACAGGCCCUGGAAGAGCAGAGGCAGUCUGAGGAGGAGCAGCAGGAGAUGGAGGAACCUGAGCAUGACCAGGAGGAGGAGGAGGAGGAAGUGGCAGCAGUAGCUAACCAGAAUGAAGACCAUGAUGCGGACGAUGAAGAAGAUGAUGGCCACGUCGAGCCCACCAAGAAGAAUGAGCUAGAAGAGCAGGCAGUGAAAGAGGGGCUCAAGGAAGAACCGGAUGUACAGGAGCCUUUUUUAGAAACAAGCACACAGGAUGGCCGAGAAGAAGACGUCAAGAACAAGAGUGAGGGGGAGGCAGAUUCGGAGGAAGAGCAGGCUUCUCACGAGACGUCCGUGGGGUCAGACCCUGUCCCUGGUUCCGAAGAUGACCCAGAGGAAGAGCAGCAUGCUAAGGAGGAGCUGAUGGAGCUGAAGGAAGAGGAGCCGAUCCCUCACAGCGAGCUGGAUCUCGAGACUGUCCAGGCGGUCCAGUCCUUGACCCAAGAGGAGGAGAACAACGAGCACGACGUGUCCUACCAGGACUGUGAGGAGACGCUGGCGGCCUGCCAGAACCUGCAGAGCUACACCCAAGCGGAGGAGGAUCCCCAGAUGUCGAUGGUCGAGGACUGCCAGGCCUCCGAGCACAACAGCCCCAUCUCCUCCGUCCAGUCGCACCCCAGCCAGUCCGUGCGCUCCGUCAGCAGCCCCAGCGUGCCCAGCACUCUGGAGAGCGGCUACACUCAGAUCAGCCCCGAGCAGGGCUCCCUCUCCGCACCUUCUAUGCAGAACAUGGAGACCAGCCCCAUGAUGGAUGUGCCUUCCGUCUCGGACCAUUCCCAGCAGGUGGUGGACAGCGGCUUCAGCGACCUCGGCAGCAUCGAGAGCACCACGGAGAACUACGAGAACCCGAGCAGCUACGACUCCACCAUGGGGGGCAGCAUCUGCGGCAACAACUCCUCGCAGAGCAGCUGCUCCUACGGCGGGCUGUCCUCCUCCAGCAGCCUCACCCAGAGCAGCUGCGUCGUCACGCAGCAGAUCGCCAGCAUGGGCAACAGCUGCAGCCUGCUGCCCCAGGGCAGCGUCCCGCCGGCCACCAGCUGCAGCAUCAAGUCCCCUCAGAGCUGUGUGGUGGAGAGGCCCCCCAGCAACCAGCAGCCGGCCCCGCAGCCCCCGCAGCCCCCGGCCCAGGCCCAGCAGCCGCAGCCCCCACCGCCCUCGCAGCAGCAGGCCCCGCUCUCGCAGUGCAGCAUGAACAACAGCUUCACGCCAGCGCCGAUGAUCAUGGAGAUCCCCGAGUCCGGCGGCGCCGGCAACAUCAGCAUCUACGAGCGGAUCCCCGGGGAUUUCGGGGCCGGGGGCUACUCCCAGCCGUCGGCCACCUUCAGCCUGGCCAAGCUGCAGCAGCUGACCAACACCAUCAUGGACCCGCACGCCAUGCCUUACAGCCACUCCCCUGCCGUGACGUCCUAUGCAACCAGCGUGUCCUUGUCCAACACUGGCCUGGCGCAGCUGGCCCCGUCGCACCCCCUGGCCGGGGCGCCCCAAGCACAGGCCACCAUGACGCCCCCGCCCAACCUGUCCUCCACCGCCAUGAACCUCACCGCGCCCCUGCUCCAGUGCAACAUGUCCACCCCCAACAUCGGCAUCCCCCACACCCAGCGGCUGCAGGGGCAGAUGCCGGUCAAGGGGCACAUCUCCAUCCGCUCCAAGUCGGCACCCCUGCCCGCCGCGGCGGCCCACCAGCAGCAGCUGUACGGCCGCAACCCCCCGGCGGUCGCCAUGCCGGCGGGCCCCCGCGCCCUCGCCGUCCAGCGGGGCAUGAACAUGGGGGUGAACCUGAUGCCGACGGCCCCGUACAACGUCAACUCCGUGAAUGUGAACACGCUGAACGCCAUGAACAGCUACCGGAUGACCCAGCCCAUGAUGAACAGCGGCUACCACAGCAACCCGGCCUACAUGAACCAGACGGCUCAGUAUCCUAUGCAGAUGCAAAUGGGAAUGAUGGGGAGCCAGGCCUAUCCCCAGCAGCCUAUGCAGCCAAACCCUCACGGGAACAUGAUGUACACUGGCCCCUCGCAUCACAGCUACAUGAACGCUGCCGGGGUGCCCAAGCAGUCCCUCAACGGGCCCUACAUGAGGAGAUGAGCAAGAGGAACUGGCAAUCUUAAAACACAGAGACACAAAACUAACUGAAAUCUCUCUAUAAAUAAAGGAACCUUUUAUACUGACAAACCAGAGACAAUGGACCUUUUUCCAGUUAAAUAUUGCUGUAGAUCUUAGAUGGGGUUUUGUUCCUUUCGGUUUAUUUUAUUUUACUUUUAGGGGGCCUGGUCUUUAUUCUUUUCACGUUUUGUGGGGGUCUCUUCCUUUGGAUCUUUGUUUUUCUUCACAAUCCUGAAACACUUCACAGUUCGAAUCCAUUUUUAAAAUGGGGUCUGGGUGUUUUGGUUUGUUUGUUUUGUUUUGUUUUGUUUUUCAGGGAGGGGGUUGAACAUGUGCACCAAAACCUUUCCAGUAUAUAACAAAGAGCCUUACUUUGCUUACCACCCAGGCAGAGUGCGUGGAAAACGGUCUCCUCCUCCUCCUCUCAUUUCCAGACAUCAUAUUUCCCCCCCCCCCCCGCCCUGUGCACAGCUCCCAAGGUGGCCCAACUGCUAAUGGUCAUUUCCUUCCUGCCCUCCCCACCGUCUGUUUUGUACUUCAGGCCUAAAAGAAGUUUCUGGUGUGGUGGUGAAGGGUCCAUUCCCCGCUGUCAUUGCCCCAGCCGUGGGAACGCUGUACAGGUUAUCCUCCCCCUAGGAUGAACCGAAGCACGGUUUAAGCGUAACUUUUGAAGAGUGUGCCCGUCGCAGUGCCCCAGAAAGACACCGGCCGAGCAGUCGCAUUUCAAGGAGGAGCUGCGUGCAGCCUUACAGUGGGGUGGGGGUUCAGAGAAGCACAGUCCUCGGCGCGUGGCAGACCAGCCCUUGGAGUGGGGCCGCGCCUCUCCGGAGGCACGCUGCCCCUUAGCACAUCGUGGGGCGCUGGCACGGGCCCUCUCCGCCUCGCCCAGCGGUUGCCGGCCCGCAGGGAGAACGCGCCAGGGCCCCCCCCCCUUGCCUGCCUCUGCGCCAGCAUCCCACACGGUCCAGCUGCCGGGGGGUUUUCUCAUCCGUGCUGCAGGGAGACGGCCAACGCCUGCGCUGGGCCACCCACCCAGUCCCGCGGCCCGGCCCGCCUGCACCUGACUGCAAGGAGGGGAAAACGUAGCUUGCCCUUCUAAUGUAAAGUUCUAUGUAUAUUCGUGUAGAGCUACAGACGCACUUAGAUUGACUUAGAUGUGUAAAGAAUUUUUUUUUCAAAGAAACCUGAAAGGCAGUUGUGGAGGGGGGAGGGGGGCUCCACUGCACUAAAAUGGACUUCCUCUGUACUGUUGAGUAUAAAACGGCAGAAUCCCCGGGGCUUCCGGCCCCGUUCUCUCUUUGUUCUUGAGCAUGCGUACAAAGCUGUGCAGAACCCACGGUCCCUGUAUAUAUCUGUAAAUCCAGGCUCACCUCCUCUGCGUCAAAAGGUGGCCCUUAAAACCUUCUGCUCCCCAAAGCAUCUGCCCUGGGAUUGCUCCCCGGUUGCAGGUGGACAGGGGGUGCAGGAUCUUGUUGGGGUGUUGAAAACGAAGCUGCGGGCAUGAGGGCCGUGAAACCUUUUCUUUUCCUUUUUUUUUUUGUCUGCUGUUACCUUUCUCAGUUUUGGGUUUUUUUUUUUUUUUGUAUGGUUUUUUAAAAUCAAUUGGGCAGCUCCCUUUUUUCCACAAAUCUUUGUGACUGUAGAACUAUUGUAGAGAACCAAUGUUCUUUUCUAUAUUAUUAAAAAAAAAUAUCCGACACAGUAAUAUUGGUACCUGUCAUUUUUUUUCCACUUCUGUUUAAGAAAAAAAUAAUAAUGUAUUUUUAGCAAAAUAAACUUGGGUAAUCUUCUAAAAGAAAUUUAAAAAAAACUCACUGUUAGUGACUUUGAUGCCUUUUAAAAAAAAAGAGCUUUUUCAUUUCAUUCCAUCUUUAAAAUUUUUUAUCUUUGUUGUAGAAUAUUAAAGACUAUUUUAAGAAAGAUGAAAAUUCUCUUUAAAGAGAUCUCUAGAGUGUGUGACUAGAGCUCCAGAUGCCUCUAAAGCCGCAUGUACAAAAUGAAGCCGCGUCUAUUCCUGUCUGUUUAUAUUUGCUUUUCCUGUUUUGUAACUUCUUUGUACUUUGUUCUUGGUGACUUGUAAGCUUAAAAAGGGGAAGGGGUGCCUGGAUGAUUAACCCUUUGUAAUUCUUCAUGUCAUGCGCUCCUGGGCCGGCCGGCCUCCCUUCCUCUCCUUGUAUGUAAUAUCACUUUUUCCCUCCCCCCUUUCUAGCAAGUACUUUCAAAAGAACUCUGUACAUUUUAACAUAAAAAAUAAAUUAUGUUGAGCCAUUUUGGA